GCCGGGUUUUCAUAUAUCUAGUUUUACCGAAUUCAAGAUGGAUGCCCAAGUUGGCGCAAAAUUUGACAUUAUGAAAUCUUGUUCGAGAAAUUGUUAUUUUACGAUAUCAAAAUAGCAAAAUUACAUGAAAAAGCAAGUGCUGUUUUAGCAGUAUUCGAGUAACUUAAAAAAAGUUUACAUCUGUAUCUAAAAGAAUGUAACACAAGAGGUAGGUCAAAUACAAAUAUAAAACGUGAACUAAUGGGACAGUGAUGUAUUUGUGAACGCAAAGGAACCAUCAUAAAGCCCCUCCAUGUUUGCUGCCAGCGAUGGAAGCGAUCAAGAUAUGUCCACAGAUUCCAACACAUCAAUACUUCCCCAGAUCCCGAUGGACUCGGUUCAAAGUUCACCUAUUCGAGGCGGGGUAUCACAACAGAAUCGGAGAUCCCCGACAUCCCCUUCUAGCUCAAGAAAUCAACAGACAUUGGAGGGUUUCUUCAUCGGGAGGCGACAGAGUGGAGGGGGUGAUAACAGACCCUCGGUUAAUCUAAGCUCUGCUCCUCCUUUACCUGUGUUCAGCAUACCUGAAGAAUCAGGUGUGCCAAGGGCAGUAGUAAGGCCAGUGGUUCCUGGAGAGGAAAAUGUGGACAAUACUGGGGACAGAUCACCUGAAGUUAUAUCUAGUGAAGAGGAAGAUUCAAGAUCGUCAUACCAAGAUGUGGAAAUUCUUUCUAACCCUGAGGAGGAAAAUUCCAAUUCAUCCCAAGAAAACCAUCCAUCAGUGGAAAAUCCAGAACAAGCAGGACCAUCUGGUGACCAGGACACUGUACAGCAAUCUGCCCAGGGCCAACAAACCACGGCACCUGUCCCAGCAGCUAAUGUACUAUCAAUACAGGCAACCACCAGCUCUCCAUCAGAUUUCAGAACUCCUAAACGAAGGAGGGUAAUGUCGACUCCAGAAAAACCAGGGGGAGCAACAGGUGGACCAGAGGAUGACACCGAAGAUGGAAAUUGUUGCCCUAUCUGCUUUGAAGAAUGGUCAACUUCAGGAUCUCACAGACUAGCAUCUCUGAAAUGUGGUCACUUGUUUGGACAAAGCUGCAUAGAGAAGUGGUUGAAAGGUCAAGGUGGAAAAUGUCCGCAAUGUAACUGUAAAGCCAAAAGACAAGACAUAAGAGUGCUGUAUGCCAAGUCACUGAAG